UCCGCACAAUAAAAUCCCACCCGAGAGAGAAAGUGAGAUUUUGGUUCGAAGUGUGAAACGUUGACAUGAAGACAGAGUGAGCUGUGUUUCGAUUUGGAGCUCCAGUAUCUGGAACUGGAAACUUUGCUUAAAUUUGUUUUAGUUUAUCACAAGGGAAGGUUUUGUUGAAGUUCCGAACUGGGAGGUCAAUGGGUGAAGGAGAGGUGUCUGAGAAGCCUGAGGCAGCAAAUGUGAAUGAUGAGGGGGUGGAAAAGAUUGAGGCUGUGACGGAGAAGAAUGAGCAGCAAAAUGGAGUGACAGAAGUAGUUGAAGAUAAAAAGGAUGAUGGGAAACUUGAGGUGCAAAAAAUGGAUGCAGACAAAGAAGAGAUCAAGGAAAGCAAGGGAACUGAAGAAAAAGAAGUGGAGGAGGAAAAUUUAGCAGGGGGAACCAAAGAAGAAGGAAAUGAAGAUACAGGAGAGGAAGAGCUUGGAACCUCAGCAGAUAUGGGGAAGGAAGCAACCAAGAACAAGGCAAUGGAAGAUGACUCUGGGGAUAUCCGCAAGGAGGAGACAGAUGAUAAGGUUGAAGAGGGCGCUGGUGGAGCAAAAGGGGAAGAAAAACUGGAAGAAUAUAAAGAGAAAAAAGGCUCGAAGAAGCGGCCUAGAACAAAAAGUAGUGCUGCAAAAAAAGUAAAAAAUAAGGUGAAUGAAGCUGAAGAGAAGAAAGAGAAGGAUCUGAAAACCUCAACUGAGAAAAAACCGAAAGAGCCUAAAACCCCUAUAGAGAAAAAAGAGCCUAUAAGCCCUACAGCUUUUGCUAUUCAACGUCCUGUACGUGAACGGAAAUCUGUAGAAAGGUUGGUCGCCAUUGUUGAGAAAGAUACUGCUAAGGAAUUCCGAAUUGAAAAGGGUCGUGGAACUGCACUGAAAGAUAUUCCUAAUGUGGCAUACAAAUUGUCAAGAAGGAAGAGUGAUGACACUUCCAAGUUGCUGCAUACUAUUCUUUUUGGACGGAGGGGAAAAGCAGCUGAUAUCAAGAACAACAUAUCUAGAUUUUCUGGAUUUGUGUGGCAUGAUGAUGAGGAAAAGCAAAUGAGGAAACUAAAAGAAAAACUUGACAAGUGUGUCAAAGAAAAAUUGGUGGAAGUCUGUGAUGUUCUCGAUAUAUCAAUUUCCAAGUCUACUACAAAGAAGGAAGACAUGAUCGUGAAGUUGAUAGAUUUUUUGAUGGAUCCUCGUGCAACAACCACUGACUUGCUUGCUGAAAAUGAACAGUCGGACAAGGAAAAAAAGCGCAAGAGGUUCAGUAAAAGCAGCAUAUCAGCAUCUGGGAAUGCAUCUUCAAAAGGUUCUGCCAAGAGUCAAAAGAGAACUGAGAGUGCAUCUGAAAAAGGUGGGGAGAAAAAGAGCAUGCCUGAAUCUGAUGACGAAACAGAAGAACAGAAAGAUGAAACACAUGAAGAGGAAACUGUUAAUGGUGUUACUGAACGAUCUGAAAAUGAGAUGUCUGAUCAAGGAGAAAGUGAGAAGGAAAGCGCAUCCGAAGACAAGUCCGAUGAGGACAAAGGAAAUUUAAAGCAAGGUAAAACAAAGUCUCCAGCAAAGAAGGGAUUUGCUGAAAAAGCCAAAACUAAGAAAGUUACAAUCUCUAAGAAGGCUACUCUGCCUAAAAAGGCACCUGCAAAAUCACCAUCAAGUCGCUCAAAAUCCAAUAAUGAUACAAGUGCAAAGAAUUCUUCGGGUAAGAAGAAUAAUGAAGCAGUUAAGAAGUCAUCAACUCUAAAGAAAUCUGCGUCAAAGGAGACAACUGGGAAGAAGGUUGCGAAGAGUAAAGGCAAGUUCAAGGAGGACAAAGUAAUCCCAAGUGACGAUGAACUUAAAAAUUCAAUAUGUGAGAUUCUCUCGGAGGUGGACUUCAAUACGGCCACCUUCACUGAUAUUCUAAAGCAACUAGGUAAGCUUUCAAUAUUUAAUUUUACAAUCUUUAAGCCAUACAACAGCCAAGCGAUUCAAUGUGGACCUGACGCCAAGAAAAUCAUCAAUAAAGCUCAUGAUUCAGGCUGAGCUGACAAAACUAGCCGAAGAACAAGACGAAGAGGAUGAAGGUGAUGCUGAGAAGAAUGUUGAACAAUCAUCUGGCCGAGGUGUACAUGCCUGAUGACCUAAGAAGAAAACUCGAAAGAUGAAGCCUAUCAUGUCUGUAGCUCCAUCGUCAUAAUUUAUGUUGAUCUUGCCACUGUAGUUAUAUAACCACACCUCCAAGUUAAGCCAGCUAUAAUUUGUGUUUAUCUUGCCGCUGUAGUCUGUAGCUCUAUAACCGCAUCUCCGAGUUAAGGCAGCUGUAAUUUGUUGUUAGUGUUAUUAACUGGAAGCUUCUUGUUCCAUAGAAAUUCAUCGAACUAUAAAUGCUGCACACUGUAGCUUGCUAUGUACAAUUAUCACCUUGAAUGGGUUAUCGGCACUGACUGUAGAAUUUUGUCUCCAAA